AUGCCGAAAGGCAGCAGCUCUGAUCUGGACGCCAUCUAUCAAAAGGUCACUUUGGCCGUGGCACCGCUGUUUGCGCUGACCGUGAUGAUGUCCACAAUUGACAGGGGUAAUCUGUCUUAUGCAUCCAUCAGCUUCAUCCCGGCCCUGCAGCUGACCCCAACCGCAUACGGUGCCGGCAGCUCCCUCUUUUUCGCGACCUACAUCAUCGGCCUCGUCCCCUUCGGCCUUCUCGCGCCCCACAUCGGCGCGCGCCGCCUGCUGGCCGCGCUGCUCGUCUCCUGGGGCGUCGUUGCGACGUGCAUGGCGGCCGUCAAGGACGCGGGCGGCUUCUUCGCGCUGAGGCUGCUGCUGGGCGCGUGCGAGUCUGGCUCCAUGCCGGCGAUGUGGUCGCACCUCAUGAUUUUCUUCCCCAAGAGCAGGCUUCCCAAGCCUUUCGCAUACCUCUUCGUCGGCACGGCGCUCGCCGGCGUCGUCGGUGCGCCGCUUGCAACGGGCCUGCUCGCCCUCGACGGCAAGGGCGGCCUCCACGGCUACCAAUGGCUGUUCAUUCUCGAGGGUGCCCCUGCGGUGCUACUGGGCGCCGCCGUCUUCUUCUUGCUGCCUGACACGCCGUCCGAGGUAAAGGGGCUCAAGGCGUCCGAGGUUGCGGCGCUGGAGGCCGACCUGGCGGCCGAGGCGAGGGCACAGGAGGAGCGGUUGGCGACGCCCGCAAAGACGCUGAUCUGGCAGGUCGUCCGGGGCAAGUACUUCCCACUGCUCGCUGUCACAAGCUUCAUAGCAGGCAUCGUGUCUGCAACAUACGUGUACUGGACACCACUGAUCAUCAAGGGGCUCAUCACCAACAGCGCCCUCUCCUCCGGCGCCGCCGCCGGCGGCACCGCCCGCAGCAGCCUCGCCGCCGUCGGCCUCUCCACCAUCCCCUUCGCCGUCGGCGCCGCCGCCGUGAUCCUUGCCGCCGCGCACGCGCAGCGGCGGCAAGAGCUGUUCCUGCACGCGGCGGUGCCGCUCGCGGUCAGCGGGGUCAUCACCACGCUCUUCCCCCUCAUGGCACAGGCGUCGCCCAUCCUCGGCUUCGUGAGCCUGAUUAUAACCUUGGCCUGCGCCCUUGCGGCCAACCCCUCGGUGUCCUCGAUAAUCGCCCUGCUGCACAAGGGGCCGCACGAGGUCGUUGCGCUCCCGAUUUUCGACGGCGUCAUGAACCUUGGAGCCAUCGUCGGGUCGCCGCUGACGGGGGCGAUCAUACAGAAGACUGAGCGGGGGUUCUUUUGGGUCACGGUCGUCAUGGGGCUCGUCAUCUGCUUGAGCACGUGCCUCCUGCUGGUCCUUGGGGCCUGGGUGGCCCACGGGCCCCUGGCAGAGCGGCUGUUCCUGAAGCCGCGGGGCGCGGCCGGGAGGGCCGCCGCGGCCGCGGCGGCGGAGGCGGCGGAGGCGGCGGCCGCGGGCGGGGAGGAAGGGGCGCGCGGGGCGCCUGGGGCUGGCAGGAUCGUCAUCCGGGUGGGCGAUGACGCGGUUGGAGCGAAGAGUUGA